UCAGCCAUCGAUUACCUUUCCCGCCACUUCUGGCAUCGCUUCGUGCAUAGAUUGCAACGCAAAACGAAAUUCGCAAAUAUAUUUUAGCACUUGGCAUUACAUCAAUUCUAGUAGACGACUAAAAUGGCACCCAUUGCAAGCUUAACAACGGGGAUCAUUGCUCGCAUAAUGCAUGGCGAAGAUGUCCCGCAACCAGUGCUGCAAAUUUUGGGCAUUAAAAGAAUCAACACGAACUCAGAUCAGGAACGUUAUCGUCUGCUAAUGUCGGAUGGCAAGUAUUACAACAGUUAUGCCAUGCUGGCCAGUCAACUGAACGAGAUGCAGCAAAAGGGACUCCUCAAUGAGAAUACAAUUGUGCGGCUUGAUAAGUACAUGACUUCCAUGGUGGGCAAAGAAGGCUCUGGCAAGCGUGUGCUUAUUGUAACAGAGCUGACUGUCUUGAAUUCGGGUGCCGAGGUUAAAUCAAAGAUUGGCGACCCGGUCACCUAUGAAAAUGCAGCAAAACAGGACGCUGCUCCAAAACCUGCUGCAGCUCCUGCUGCUCCACCCGCCACCAAAAAGGAACAAUCCUACAAGAACCACAACAACAACAAUACUAUGGAGAGCUCAAUGAAUAGUACACUCAAUACGGGCCUAACACAUCCCAUUGCCAGUCUGAGUCCGUAUCAAAACAAAUGGGUUAUUAAGGCGCGCGUCACCUCAAAGACCGCCAUUCGCACCUGGAGCAAUGCUCGAGGCGAAGGAAAACUUUUCAGCAUGGACUUGAUGGAUGAAUCGGGCGAAAUACGUGCCACAGCUUUUAAGGAACAGUGUGACAAGUUUUAUGAUCUCAUUGAGGUGGACAACGUCUAUUUCUUCUCCAAGUGCCAACUUAAGCCGGCCAACAAGCAGUAUUCGCAGCUCAAGAACGAUUACGAGAUGACCUUUACGGGCGAAACUGUUGUGCAGUUGUGCGAUGAUGCUGAUGAUGGCGGUAUCCCCGAGAUAAAGUUCGAUUUGAUACCCAUCUCGCAGAUUGCCGACAUGGAGAAUAAGGCGGCCGUGGAUACCAUUGGCAUUUGCAAGGAUGUGGGCGAGCUGCAGUCGUUCACAUCGCGCACCACUAACAAGGAGUUCAAGAAACGUGAUCUGACACUGGUGGACAUGAGCAAUGCAGCUGUCAGCCUGACAUUGUGGGGUGAUGAAGCUGUGAACUUCGAUGGCCAUGUUCAGCCAGUUAUUUUGGUGAAGGGAUCACGCAUUAAUGAGUUUAAUGGUGGCAAAAGUCUCAGUGUUGGCGGCGGUUCGAUUCUGAAGAUUAAUCCAGAUAUGCCAGAGGCACAUAAGCUGCGUGGUUGGUUUGACAAUGGCGGCGGAGAUAAUAUCAGUAAUCUGGUCUCAGCACGAACUGGUGGCGGCAGCUUUAGCACCGAUUGGGUGACUCUUAAGGAGGCGCGCAUGCGCAAUCUGGGCGCGGGCGACAAACCAGACUACUUCCAAUGCAAGGCUGUUGUACACAUUGUCAAGCAGGAGAAUUCAUUCUAUAAGGCUUGUCCACAGGCGGAAUGCAACAAGAAGAUCGUGGAUGAGGGUAAUGGACAGUAUCGAUGUGAGCGUUGCAAUGCAGCGUAUCCCAACUUUAAAUACCGCUUGUUGGUUAAUAUGAGUAUUGGCGAUUGGACCUCAAAUCGCUGGGUGACCUGUUUUAAUGAGGCUGGCGAGCAGCUCCUAAAGCAUACCGCCCAAGAAGUCGGCGAGGCAUUGGAGAAUGAUCCUGCUACUGCAGAGAAAAUGUUUGCCGACAUUAAUUUCUCAUCAUUCAUAUUUAAGCUGCGUUGCAAGAAUGAAAUGUACGGGGAUAUGACUCGAAACAAGUUGUCGGUUCAGUCAAUGACUCCGAUUAAUUACAAGGAGUAUAACAAACAUUUGAUCAAGGAAUUGAAGGAGAUGACAGGCAUUGGACCUUCUAAUUGAGGGUUAAAUAACGUGCAGUGCGUGUACCAUACAUAAUACUAAUUCCAUACGUUUAAAUGUUGAUAUAGGGCACAUAUGAUUGAAAUAAAUUAUCUACUAUUUGUAUUGGC